CCUUGACAACGGCGACGGGCAGCUGCGGCCUGCGCGGAUUCCCACGCCUUCCGAGGAGCAGGCGGGCGAGGGAGGCGUCGCCGGCGUCGCGGCGAGGAAGAGGCGCGCUCCUUCCCGCCCUUCCUUUUCGCCCCCGGGCCGUAAGUCUCCCCCGCAGGUCUCAGGACGGUUCUGACGCCUGCAAUUUCCCCAAAUGCAGGAAACUCAACUACACCACCGGCGGGAACACAUACUGUGGCAAUAAGGCUUACUACCUAUCCGGAAUCUCCUACUCAUCAGUUUAAUUUCGUAACUAUUGAGUAUUCGUAAGAGGGAGGUGUCUCUACAUACCUCCCAAGGAGGUAUGCAGCAAACCAAGAAAUGUGAAAGCACAUGUUUGAAAAAUGGAGCAAGUGGGAGUAGUGGUAAAAGAAUGUCUUCAGGUUCUCAAAUGGCUAAGAAAAGUGUGACACAGAAAAGAAAGCCGUCACCCACUGCAUUGACUUCUCCAGAUCCUGUAAUUAAGCCGCAGCCCAGGCCCAGUGACAGACUUAAUCCCAAAACAAUUGAUCCGUUUGGUGGUCAAUCGAGGGCUCCUUCUGCCUUUGCUGCCAUUUACUCUAAAGGGGGAAUUCCUUGCAGGUUAGUUCAUGGCUCUGUAAAACACAAAUUACAGUGGGAUUGUCGUCCUGAAACGCUUCAGUUUGAUCCUCUUCUUAUAACUUUGGCAGAGGGAUUAAGAGAAACAAGGCAUCCGUAUACAUUUGUAUCCAAGGAGGGCUUUAAAGAAUUGCUCUUGGUGGCAGGUGCCGCUCAGAAAGCCAUUCCGUUGUUGCCACGGCUAGUUCCAGUAUUGAAAGCUGCUUUGGCCCAUUCAGAUGGUGAAGUAUUUGAAAGGGGACUGAAUGCUUUGAUACAACUGAGUGCUGUUGUUGGCCCUGCACUUAAUGAUCACCUGAAAAAUCUACUUUCAAGUCUUUCAAAGAGACAGAUGAGCAAAAAGUACAAAGAGCAAACUACAGAUGCCUUACAAAAGUUGGAGCAGUAUGGGGGGAAGGAAAGUUUGACGGUUAUAAAAGCUAAAAUUCCAACUUACUGUUCAAUCUCCUCCUAAAGAGAGAUGCGACGAAGAGCCUCCUCAGAACUAUUUGGUAUUACUUAGCUUCCCCAUAGUACACUGUUGUGUAAUCUCUCAGGGAAACAGGGAUCAAUAUUUUAAAAAAUUAAGACAAAUGUUAAGAGCGGAUAUGCUCAAGACAUGUAAAUUAUGGAAAACACCAGAAAUACUUAUUCAGUACUUCCACCACAAAUUGCAAAUCAAUUUGUCUGGUUUAUUACAGUCAAUAAUAGGGAUUACCCAGUUUAGUAAACUAUAACCAUAACAGUAACAUUAAUACUUAUUUGCUGUGUUUACAUGUUGAAGUGUAGUUAGGUAUGUUUAGCAACUGCAAUGGGUUAGAAAUGAAGGCACAAUCCAUCCAUAAGUUAAUCACUAUUAAAAGUUAUGCUUUUAAUAACUUUUAGUAACUUUCCCGUCAGUGGGAAGUUAAAAUCAAUAGGAUUUGAAGGUUUUUGACUUUGCCUGGAUUGUACUAUGAUUAAUUUAUUUCGACCAAGAACUAACUCACUGCUGUGUCUAUAGAGAAAAUUAUUUUUAUACUGUCUAGGGAAAAGCCUUCUUUCCCAAAAGGUUCUGGAUAGGAAAAUAUAUAAAGUGUGCUUCAGUGAACUGAUACCUCUCCUAGUGCAAAUUGUUAACAUGCUACACAACUGGUUUACUUCUGCUUUGAAAACAUAGAAAUUUGAAGUAUUAAAAGACAACUAAUAUAUGUGACAAGUAUUAAAGCUUUUAUAUUACUAAA